AUGUGGUGGGACGCGCCUCAUGUUGUCAUGUUGGGGAACAGUGGCACGAUGGCCUUCGUUGCACUCAGGCACAACCCCGUUCAGAUCCUACAAGGCCCAAACUGGAAUUUGGGGAUUGGACUUGCUAUUAGGCCUCCAACAUCAUCGAGUUCGAGCAAUUAUUACCUCUUGUCCUACAGACGGAGUAAACUUCAACUAAUUCUGAAAGCGACGAACUACCGGAGCGCACUGAAUAUCGGACCUUGCUGUCAACUGCUGGGACCUGACCUGACAUCAUUCGUGCCCUGA